GUAGAGGGAGGGGAGCGGAGCAGCAGUGUAGGAAAAGAGGAGGAAGCAGCUAGGAUUGCGGAGUCACACCUCUGAAGUGUUCUUUUUGGAAGGAGUAAACAAUCUUCGGUGCCCCCUGCAACCCGAAACAGCGUCUAACUAACGGACCUGGGAUUGUAUGCAGUUUAAAGACUCAAGCAUGCGUCCCGAGGACGCCACAGGUCACUUGCUUCGCAGGCCUAUGUCUCCCAUUCCACCUCAGCCAACGACACAGUCAUGAGUAUCUAAACAACCUUUGGGUCAGCAGGCCUUUAUUCCAGGGGUAUUAAUAAAUGUGUUGGCUUGCAUGGGGAUGUUUAUUUUGAAAACUUCCUUGACUAUCUGUGUCCCUUUGUUUCUUAAUAAGUAACCAACGAGAGAGUCCCAUGCACAUCUCUGCUGGGUUGCUGAUAACGUCAACAUGAGUAGUACUUUAGGCAAAGAAAAGGACUCAAAAGAAAAGGACCCCAAAGGUGGUCCAGCGUGUAAAGAAAGGGAAAAAGAGGCCAAGACUUUAUCCAGCUUAGUCAAAGAUGGUGGCAAAGAAACAAAGACCAAAGGGAAAGAAGCCAAAGAAGGAAAGAAGGACACAAGCAGCUCAACACCAGGUGUUGCCUUCUCUGUUGACAACACGAUAAAGCGGCCAAACCCAGCACAAGGUGCACGCAAGAAAUCUAGUAAUGCAGAAGUCAUCAAAGAGCUUAAUAAGUGUCGGGAGGAGAACUCAACAAGACUGGACCUAUCCAAACGGUCCAUUCACAUGCUGCCCACCGCUGUUAAGGAGUUGACUCAGUUGACAGAACUCUAUUUAUACAGCAACAAGCUACAGAGCCUACCAGCUGAGGUGGGCUGCCUAUCGGACCUGGUCACUUUAGCCCUCAGCGAGAACUCCUUGACGAGUUUGCCUGAUUCGUUGGAUUCCCUGAAGAUGCUUCGGAUGCUUGACCUCCGGCACAACAAGCUCAGAGAGAUACCUCCUGUCGUCUACCGGCUGACAUCUCUGACCACGCUGUACCUGCGCUUCAAUCGCAUCACCACAGUGGAGAAGGACAUCCGCAACCUGUCCAAGCUCACCAUGCUCAGCAUCCGGGAGAACAAGAUUAAACAGUUACCAGCAGAAAUAGGGGAGCUAUGCAGCCUCAUUACUCUGGAUGUUGCCCAUAAUCAGUUGGAACAUCUACCAAAGGAGAUUGGAAAUUGCACACAAAUAACCAACCUUGACCUUCAGCACAAUGAGCUCUUGGACCUCCCAGAGACUAUAGGCAAUUUGGCAAGCAUAAAUCGUUUAGGACUGCGAUAUAAUCGAUUAUCAGCCAUCCCCAAGUCAUUAGCCAAAUGUCGAGAACUGGAGGAACUUAACCUUGAAAACAACAACAUUUCAGUAUUGCCAGAGGGCCUGCUGUCAAGUUUGCUAAAUUUGACCAGUCUUACACUGGCGAGGAACUGCUUCCAGUCGUACCCUGUGGGUGGGCCCUCCCAGUUCUCUACUAUUUACACCCUCAACAUGGAGCACAACCGUAUCAACAAGAUCCCAUUUGGUAUCUUCUCCAGGGCCAAAGUGUUGAGCAAGCUUAACAUGAAGGAUAACCAGUUAACGGCUUUGCCGUUGGAUUUUGGUACAUGGACUAGCAUGGUUGAACUUAACCUUGCCACAAAUCAGCUGAAUAAAAUCCCAGAAGACAUCUGUGGGCUUAUCUCUCUAGAGGUAUUAAUACUGUCCAAUAAUCUUCUGAAGAAGCUACCCCAUGGUAUUGGAAGUUUGAGAAAGUUACGAGAACUUGACUUGGAGGAAAACAAGUUGGAGUGUCUACCACAUGAAAUUGCUUACCUUAAAGACUUACAGAAAUUGGUGUUGACAAAUAAUCAGCUGACCACAUUACCAAGAGGCAUCGGCCACCUCACCAACCUGACUCACCUUGGUUUGGGAGAGAACCUGCUGCAGCACCUUCCCGAGGAGAUCGGCACACUGGAGAAUCUGGAGGAACUGUACCUCAACGACAACCCCAACCUGCACAGCCUCCCGUUUGAGCUGGCCCUUUGCAGCAAGCUGUGCAUUAUGAGCAUCGAGAACUGUCCCCUCACCCACCUGCCGGCCCAGAUCGUUGCGGGAGGCCCUUCUUUCAUCAUCCAGUUCCUCAAGAUGCAGGGGCCAUACCGUGCCAUGGUCUGAGCCAAGAGCAGCUUAGUGCCACUUCAAGCGCAACUCCAAACCCUCGGCUUUACUCUGCUCCCCUUCGCCUGCCUGCCCUCCCAUUGUGUGUCUCAUACACUGUAACGAAAACAGACUCGCUGCAAUCAGUGUUGGGGGGCAAAUAACAACGGGGGGAGUGACGCGCACGAGGAUCGCGUUUUGUUCUCAGUUCUCUGGCAGAAAUAAAAGCAAACCUUUAGAGACUUCUGUGUUUCUCCAGAGUCGAUCCCGGUCAUUUAUGACCCCAGCCACCAAAACCUGCUCACUUUUCAUUCCGAAUCAUAAAACGAGGAAAACCCCUCCUCCACGUGUUUGCCAAAACUGAAGAUAUAUAAAGUUUAAUAUAUCGGGUGACUGUGAGCUCAGAGGCAAGUCCCGGCUUUUUAAACCAUAAUCCCAUUGCCAAUGUAUUUACAGUAAUUACCACAUCUAUUAUGUGAGCAAGGAUACAAUUGUAUGCAAAAACAAGUCUUUAGAACUUCUCGUUUACUGCUGCUGCUGUAAUUUUAAACUCUGUCAUCUUAUAUUUUGCUUUUUUUUUUUUACACAUAGUCUUUGCUGGUCAUAACUUCCUUGACCCUAAAGAACAAAUGUCUAAUGUUGUUUUUCCCCUUUUUAAUUUCUACCUUGAAAUGUUUUUUUCUUUUAAAAACUGUGCCUAUGUUUAGAGUGACCCGGUGGUUCAUUUCUAAACACCAUUCUCCAUGAAAUACAAAGACAUAAAUUAUUUCAAUAGUGUUUUUAUUACUACUGUUUUUACUUUUUUUUUUUUUUUUUUUUUUUAAGUGUACCUGUUGCAUCGUUCUGUCAUGCAAGCGAUAUCGGUUGUAAAAUAUGAAGAUCCUUUUUAACAAAUAGCAGCAGUAGGUGUUCGGCAUUGAGCUAGUGUUGCAUACAUACAAUAAAUGCCAAUCAUAAUCAUGUCUGUGGAGGGGGAGAGGAAGAGGUGGGGGCUACUUGGACUUUUUGUUUCCCCAGGAAGGAGUGGGGGAGGUGGCUCCUGCUUGUUAUUGGGAAGGGGGAGGGUUCAGGGGUGGUGUUUUAUACAUUUAUACAAUUUCUGGUUGUUGCCUUGGGUGCAAUUUUUAGUUAUGUUUACUUGUUUGAUAUUAUCUCCAGUGUUGGACUUCACAGCUGUCAUCCAGUUGACCAUUGACCGACAUAUCGAGCAUCAUUAAAAAUUUUCUGAAUCUCUGGAUCAAGUUGGUGAGUGUCGGAGCUUCACAAAGAUUUGAUGAUAAAACAUUGACAGGUAACUCGUCCAUGACACUUUAUUUUUUCUUUUUAAAUUCUUAGUGUUCCUCUCUUUUGCUUGACAGUGUCGUAAUCCUAACACAACUGAAAGUACUCCCUAGACUUAUAUCCAUUUAUGAUUAUUUAAAGAUAUGAUUUGUGCCACACUGUCUCAGCAAUGCUGCUGCUUCAUGCACUUUUUUUUUUAAGAUAUUGGCAUCCUCUGUAUCCCGGCGGGCACACAAAGGCCCCUCUUUAAUCUUGGGGGCAUUUUCUUGUAUUUUCUUUUAAUGGUUUAUCAUGUAAAUUUGUAUCAAUUGAAUAUAAAUGUUGAGUUUGGCAGUCUCAGAAUUUACGAGUAACUUUGGUGAAAUUUAACCCCGUCGAUUAUUAAAUGAGCUUUGCUGUCUUGGGCUGUAAAAAUGUUUUUUAAACUCCCAUAUCCUGCUUUCUCCAUUGCUUGGAAAAAUGGCUUAUUGCAGUUAAAAAGGAGCAUUGUUAAUUUAAAAAAAAAAAAAAAUUUAUUCAUUAAGUGUUUUUUUUUCCCCCCUAAACGAUUAAAUGUAUAUUACAUUUUUUUUUUUUUUUUUCAAGUGACUGUACAUUAAAAAUCCUUACAAAAGGUCAUUAUUUGAAUAUGUUUUUCUCCCCAGUUCGUCAAGUCGUAAUUCAGUUUUGUGUUGUGAGGUUCGUGUCCACUUUCCUUGCAGCAGCUGGCUGUUUUAGCGGGCCAGGCCGUGUGCCGAACUGAUCGAGAGGUUGUGUCAGAUCUGUGGGAGGGAGACGCUGCUUCUAAUUUACCAGCAGAACCUGUUGCUGCUUUUCAUUGACUCCAACAUACACAGAUCAGGCUGACUGAGGAGACGGGACAAAGCAUCCACUCCCCCGAUGCUGAUGCUUCACCUGGUGACCUACCGAGGGACUGGCUGCUUUGGGUUUUGUUUUUUGUUUUUUUUUUUGCUCUGAGUCUCAAUGGGUUAAACAGAUCAAAUUGUUCGGACAUGAAGCAACAAAACAAAGGUGCAUAUUUGAGCUCAAACGCAGUUCUAGUACAAGACUGUCAGAAAAAAGACAGAACAGUUGUAAAAAGGGCUUUCUGUGUUCACGCUCAACAACACCAGAGGCAUUGCAUUCCUGGGUUUUAUAUACAAGCUUUAGGAGUUUUUUUUGUGUGUGUGUAUUUACUUUAAGCUGUGUGGAAAAAUGCCUUCAAGUACUUAGCAGUGAGAUGUGCAUUAGGUAUGCAGCGUGAGUGCUGUGACCCGUUUUUACAUUCUCUAUCUUCUCCCUUUUAAUUUUUUUACGUGCCAUGUUGCAACAUGUUGAAGGCUGAGGACGACGGGAGAGGAAUCAGAUUGAUCGACCGGAGAGCAUUUGCCCAAUGGUAGAAUGUGGUUUUGUUUAGGGGCUCAGCCUGAGUGAUGUGACGGUCUUUUGCAUACCGGUCCGUCCAAAAUAAGUGGAGUGUUUGGGUUUAUUUUUCUAUUCUCACAGGAUCAGACAUUUUGCUUUGUUUUUGGUUCCUGCAUCUUGCAACUUCACAUUUACUCACCUGGUUCCUUUGUACAGGCAACAAGCAUGUUAAAACACACCUGACAUGGUCUGUCUGUCCGGGUCAGAAUCAGGCCCUGUUGCUUACUGAACUUAGUGGCUAUUAGGUGUACUGGCAAAUGCUCCCUUUUUGUGUAUCGCAAAGGGUGUAGAAGCAUUGUGCCAAUGCUUUUCCUACUUAAUCUACAUUGACGAGCAGCCUUAAUGGUCUUUUUCAUGUGUUUGGCUAAUUCUCGUGUCUAUGGCCACUGACUGUACUUGAUUACAAGCAACUGGUCAUUACAAUGUAAAUUUGAUUCUAGUUUUCCUCUGUCUUAUCAUUUUUGUUUUUCUUUUACUCUGUACAGUAAUCUGUAGACUCGGUAUUACAAAGUCUGUUAUGUGAAGAGUUUUAUAAGAAGACAAAGACUGCAUUGGAAGAUAAUGCCAAUAUGCUACAAGGUGGAUGUGCAUUAAGCUUAUGUUUCACGCGUCUGUGGCAUUAAAGGGGAAUUCCACCAAAACUGA